ACGAAGUUUAUAUGUGUAAAAUUAUUUCCAUCUAAGAAUUGUUCGUGUGUCGUUUGUUGAUUCACCACACAAAAAAAAGUUAGAAAUGGAUAAACCAGAAGAUGAAAAAUACUGGUCAUCAUCAGCCACAAAAGGAUUUGACUUUGACUCUGAAGAAAAUGAACAUGCCGGCGACAUUUUUGGAGCAACUCCAUUGCAAACUGCACAACUGUCAAAGGAGGUCCAGCUAAACAUUCCACGACAGCCUGUGGUAUCAAGAGGCGAAGCACAUAUGAAAUUAUCCAGUUCGCUAUCAUCACUUAGCACUUGUAGCAACUCAAGCUACAAAUUUAAUACAAGUCAACCCACCAAACAAUGUGAAGUAACCUGCAAACUACUUUCUUCAACAAUAAAUGAUGAAACUAUGUCUAGUCCAAAAGAUGUGGUGAGGUCAAUUUUUCUUGGAAUGUCGUAUGAUUUAAGCUGCUUUAAGAAACUAAGUGACAAGAAAACCUUGCUAGAUGAAGCUCUGAAAUUAGGUGAUGGUGAUGUCAUCUGUGCAGUGCUUCUUUUCCUUCAAAAAAGUUUGCAUCAAGUGGUUUUGUUUCCUCUUCUGAAGGAAAGAUACGUUGCGGCCCGUGAGUACAUUGCAAUCUUGGAAAAGCAAAAGUGUUUUAAAGAGGCAGCAAUCCUAUGUGAUGAACUGCAACAAACUAAAGAAGCUGUAGUCCACUUAUACAAUAGUUGCUUCAGAGAAGGGCAGCAAAAUAUUCAGUCUUCGCUAGAACACCUGUGUAAAAAUGAAUUAAAAAAUUUCAAGCAAAUAGAAGUUGAAUAUGAGAUUAUAGAAGAACAUAUCCUACUAUUGGAAAGACAAGGUCCAAUUGCUGUUACCAGAGCUCGUCUUCCGCAAUCUGAAAUAGAGGAUACAAGGACAUCGCCAUUAAUUGGGAAAGCUGUUACAGCUCAAAAUUUAGUAGGAUCUUCGCUACUUUCCACUUUGCAAUAUUGUUGUCGCCACAACUGGGACGCUCCUGAAAAUCUAUUGGCUUCCCCUGUAGGACUUAAAAAAACUUUCAAAUUAACGGAAAGGCAAUUCCUUUGGAACGCGUUUAUCGGAAGAAUCUUGAUGAAUGAAGAUCCACUUCCAAUCCUUCUUGUGAAGGGCAUGUUUGGAGCAUCAAAAAUAUCUGCAAAUCUUUCAAUUCCACGGAUCUUAGAAGUAGCAUCAAAUUUGAAAGGCAAACCAAACCUAUUUGAUCAGUUACUAUUGCUGGUUGAAAAAUCUGAAAAGCGCUACCAGUUAGCAAAGAAAUACCAACGUCACCGCAUCGUCAUUGAUGUGCUGAUUAGUAACAAGGAUCGAAUAAGUUUGCUUCAGUACCGAGAUUCUAUUGACGACCAAAGUGAGAUUGAUUACAUAAAUAACACAUUAAGAGUGUCGAGCACCCGAUGGAAAAACUAGGAUGGUUUACGCUCAAAAUUGACACCAAACGCUACUCAUUUGUGACUGUCUUUCUCGUGGUGUUUCUUUUGUUUUUUUCAUAUGCCAUUGUCUCACUUCGUCCUCCUUCCUGU